AUGGCAUCCGUGGAAACCAGGAUAUUCGCCAUCACCGGCGGCGCAUCCGGCAUAGGCGCCGCCACCGCCCGUCUCCUAGCUCAUCGAGGAGCAGCAGUAGUAGCGAUAGGCGACCUCUCGACGCAGCACUUCCCCGAGCUUAUCGAAUCUAUCAAAAUGAUCAACCCGUCUACCAAAGUACACUGCACCACUCUAGACGUGACCUCGUCACCCGCCGUCGACGAAUGGGUACGAACAAUCGUCUCGACCUUUGGUGAUCUUCACGGCGCCGCCAACGUCGCCGGCAUCCCGCAGACCGCCGGACUCCACCAGUCGCCCAUCAUUGCCGAAGAGGACGAGGCAACCUGGAAGAAAAUCUUUGCUGUUAAUAUGGACGGCGUCUUCUACUCCACGAAGGCGCAGGUUCGCGCCAUGAGAGACCUGCAGAAGGGGGAUCGCAGCAUCGUGAAUGUCGCGAGCAUGGCGUCGCUGAUGCAUACUUCUGAUGUGUUUGCGUACGGGACCUCGAAGGUCGCGUGUGCGCAUUUCACGACCUCCGUGGCGAAGGAUACCAUUAAAUCGGGGAUUCGACUGAAUGCAGUGUCGCCGGGCGCCACUGUGACCCCUCUGCUUGGGGCGAUGGUGCCGGAGGCAAAGACAGAGGAAGAGGUGAAGAAAUCAUGGCAAAAGUGGGGUUUUGAACUCCUCGAUCCAAAUGAUAUUGCCCGGACGAUUGUCUGGUUGUUGAGUGAAGAUUCGAGGCCGGUGUUUGGAGCUAAUAUUAACGUCGGAGCUGGGCUUCCUUGA